CAAAUACGUAAAGAAUGCGGAUGUGACGUAGUUAUUUAUUAAUUGAAAAAAGCCAGGGCAGCCUGGCAGACUAGGUGAAAGUGAAUACUGAAUAGACUUUAGUGAACUGUCAAGAUGGCCACUGGUGGAUCAGGAAGGGAUACUAAAUAUAUAGGAGCCUUAUUAUAUGAGGAGAAAAGUUCAAAUGAAUAUGUAGCAAUAUUUACUGUAGCUAAAGGUGAAGACACACUCGAUGAUUAUGUGAGAAGGAAGCACCCUGGAGCGAGGGGAGGUUCACUUAUCUCCUUUACAUUUGUCCAGCAGCAAGACUCUACACUUCCAUCAAGAGGUGAUUAUAUUGAAUUAAAGUUUGGUACUCCACAAGUUAAGUCAACCACUGGAUGGAUUAUUAAACCUCACACAGUACCUUGUAGAAUAUAUAGAAGUGAUGUUGAUAAGGCUUGUACACCUGGCUAUCCUGACCCUCCCUCCUCCAGUAUAUCAGUACAUGCUACACUUGAUGCUGUUUUUAGACUAGAGUAUACUAUACCACUGGAAGGUGUGGUGGUUGCAUAUGAUGAUACAUUAUAUAUUAGCAGGACAUUGAGAAAAGGUCAUCUCUUGGACAUUAAUGAUUUACAGUAUGUACUUGACACAUUGAAUGAAGCUGGCUUCUCACAGGGGGAAUGGAAACCUCUUGGUAUUGCUUUAGGAUUAUAUUAUCCUACACUGAAGGCUAUUGGGGAUGAGUAUCGUAGAGAUGAACAAGGAUGUCUUAGGCAGUGUCUAGGGAAAUGGUUGGAGAGAGCUGAUGAUGUUGAUGCUGAAGGAGGUCCAAGAAUGACCUCUCUAUGUGCUGCUCUUGAGGACAUUGGUGAUAAAGCAGCAGCUGAUUAUAUCAGAAAGAAUAUUAUUGAUAAAGAUUCUCCAGAGUUACAUCACUAUCGUGAAGCACUUAAGACUAUCGUGAGGUGUCGUCUUACGAAAGCAGUAGUUCAAGGAGAAGCUCGUGUUGGUAAAACCUGUUUCAAGUCACUUCUACUGGAUGAAAAGUAUGUCAAAGCAAGUACUGGUCUUGCUGAGCCAAGAGUUGGUAUCUACUGCUACAGACGAGAUACUGGGAAACGAUACAAGCUAUUGGAUGUCACAGAGUUAGAACAAAUUGUUAAAAACGCUUUGAAAAAAGAUGCAGUAGAAAAAUGGACCAAUUCUCCAGUAGAAAAUCAGGUCAGGAAAAGUAUCUAUGAAAAGAAACUGACCAGAGGAAAUGAAACAGCUGACGAGACUGACGAUGGAUUUGUUGACGAUGAAGUCACCGAAGGACCUGGCGAUGGAGAUGUAGCACCUGGAGAUGGAAAUAAAGCACCUGGAGAUGAAAAGGAAAGUUUGCUGAGUAAAGAAGUAGAAAAGGUACUUGACGGAGUGCGAGAGUGUUCAGGGAAGGAGAAUCGUCUUGAAGGUGCUCAAUGGCUAUACCUCGUUGAUACAGGAGGUCAAAUCGCUUUUCAAAAGUUGCUUCCAAUUUUUAUGCCGUUUGCUCAAGUUCUUAUUCUGGUUGUUAAUAUUUCAAAAGAGUUGUCUAGCGGCUCCACUGCAGUGAUGCACAUUGAAGGUGAGGAUCACAGUGAUGGGAGUCCAUCCAGAUUGACGGUCGAAGAAGUUUUGAAGCAAAUUAUUUCAUCAAUAGCUUCUGGGAUGCAGCAUUUCAGGGAUAGCUAUAAAGAUCAUGAAGUUCUACGAGAUUUGGUUCCAAAGAAAUUGCAGAUUCUCACAAUUGGUACACAUGGAGAUGAAUGCAGUGAUGUAGCAGAGUCUAAACGCAUAUUAGCAAAAAAGUUGGCAGAAAUAAUAAAAGGAAAUGAUGAUUGUGAAUCAAUUGAAGAUCAUCGUGUAGUUCGUGUACGGGAAAUUGAUGGUCGUAUCGCUAGUGUAGCUGUUGAAGAAAGAGGAGAGGAGGAAAAUUUUAUGAACACGAAGAGUUCUUUGGAUGACGUAGAUGAGAUCUUAACGAAAGAUGAUAAAGGAAUCAACAUUCCAUUUUAUUACUACUUCUUUGAUAUUGUACUUCGCGUUGCAGCUAAAGAGGGAUGUGGUAUCUUGCGAUUAUCCACCUGCAAAAGUCUUGGGGAAGAUUUAAAACUUUCAAAAGAUGAGGUUAUGGAGUCUCUUAAUUUCUUGCACCAUAUCAACAGUAUCAUUUAUUAUCAUGAUUCUAAAGCCUGCAGUGACCUGGUGUUUGUUAACAUAGGCAGUCUCAUCGGUAUUCUCAAGGAGCUGGUCAGGCAUGUUCAUGUUGUUCACUCCAAUAAAGGAUAUGCUGGAGAUGAUGACAUUAUAAAGGGGAUUCUUUCAGAGUCCAAGUUUAAAGAGAUUUGUAAAGAACAACUUGACCCCAUCACAGAAAAGCUAAAAGUUGUUGAUAUUGCAAUGAAAUUGCUGAAUCUUUUCCUGGAGCUCUCAAUAGCUACACAAAUAGAUGAUAAAUAUUUCAUACCAGCUCUCCUUCUAGUAAAAGAUGUUACAGAUAUUAAUCCUUAUAAGAAUCGUGAGCCAUUGCUGUUUUACUUCAAGAAGGCUACCCCAAUGGGCCUUUUCUGCUCUGUUGUUACUCAUCUUCUUUCCAGCUGUUGCUACGAAAUAGUUUCGAUAGAAAGUAAUUUCUCAAAUUUCAUCGAAUUGAAAUAUCGUACAGAAGGGGUUGCGUCAUUCUACAUUACUCUAGUUGAACAGAUCAAUUGCAUUGAAGUCCAUUGUGAGAAACAGAGAGGGGAAGGGAUAGUCAGGGAAGAUGUCAAAAUGGCGAUCGUUUCUGCAGCUGAAAAGCACAAUCUUAGUGCAAGUCAUGAGAUCUGGUUUUAUUGUUCAUGUCAGCGUGGCACUACUGGAGGAGGAGGAGGUGUGGCUAAAGGGAAGAAGCAUACAGUUGAAGUUGAAACUGUCAAUAAAGAGCAUAUCUUCCGAUGCAGUGAGAACCCACAUAUCUGCAGUGAUGACCCACCUACUGAAUGGGAACAUAAGAUAGAGUUAUGGAGCUCCUGGCUUAACGCUAAUACACCAAACACUCUUCCUUCUAAUGAUGAAUCAGCUUCUGUUACAAAACAAAGUACUCCACAAAGAAGUGUAUCUGAGACCGGAAGCACUGGCUCUUCACAGGAAACCAAAGAUCCAAAAGAGAUACUACAGCAAUACUCAGCUAAGCUACCCAAGGCAAUAUCAGCUAAUGUUGGUGAUGUAGCUAAAGCAUUGUUUGCCAAGGAUCUAAUAACACAAGGGACUAGAGAAUAUGUGACAACAGUUGGUGUAGCUAAUGCUGAUAAAGCUGAUAGAGUAAUGACUGAUGUCAUGGGUCAGUUAGAAGCUUUUAAUGAUAAAAGACAGUAUUUAGUUAAAGUGUGUCAUGUAUUGACUCAACAAGGUGCAGCAGUGAAACAGAUAGGAAAUUUUAUACUUAAAGAACUAGUAGGAGAAGACACUGCUACUGUCCAGCCUCCUCUUCCUCAAAGUGGAGCUAGUGUUGCUAGUGAAGGAGAAUGUGGAAUUGAAACAGGACAAGAGGAUACCCCUGCCAUUGAGACUGGAGGGAGGAGCCCAGUGACUCCAUUACCAGUACAGGAAGACAGUUACAUUGCAGAAGAAGAAGAAGAAGAGAAACCAUCAAAGAAAGAAAAUGAAGAUGAAGAAGGAGGAGUUCGACAAAGACCAAAUGUUGCUCCACCCAAACCACAGGAACAGCGAGAGAAGGCUCCUUCUCAUAAAGGCAAGAAAGGUAGCUCAUGUAACUGGACUGUGUUAGGAGGAGGUGUUGUUUGUAUUGUUGUUGUUAUUGUUGUUUUUGGUUUUCUUGUAAAUAGUGUGUCUGAAUAUGAAGUCAAUGAAGAUAUCAGUCUUGAUGUCACUAAUCUACAAGAGAUACUUGAUGUGUUAAAGGAUGGUUUUUUUCCCGAUCAUCGCUGGCUUGAUCUCGGUCUCAGUUUGAAUCUAAUCCACAAUGAUUUAUCAGUUAUUGAAUCUGAUAGACCAACAGCUCACAGACGAUUACAGGAGAUGCUGUCAUUAUGGUUGAGGAGAGGAAGGGCAACUUGGAACAGAUUAGCUGCAGCACUUGAAAACAUUGAAGAAUAUAAAGCAGCAGAAGUUGUGAAGGCUAGAGUUACAAAUGACAGAUAUGUACUCUAACUUUUAUAUAUACUUUUAUGAUAAUUAUUAAUCUUUUAUUAAAGAUUAAGGGAUAAGCUAAAUAAAGCACUCGGCCCUUAGAAAGAAUGAUAGCAGCUGCUUAUUUUAAUAUUUGAUUAUUAGU